ACUAACUUUUUUUUUAUGGUAUCAGCUUUUUCUAUUGGAACCGCAAAAAGAGACAGUACAAAUAAAAACUUUGUUCCUGCUCCAAAUGCUUAUUCUAUAAAUAACCAAGCUACAUCUCCUUAAUGGACGUAUAAUUUUUUUUUAAAUUAAUAGAAUAGGAGGACAAGGAAAGAGAGAAGUAAGAAUAAAAUCAUUUACUCCUGGACCUGGUUAAUAUCCUUAAAAAUCUUCACUAUAUGGUGUACCAUGUUGUACAAUUAAAGGAAGAUUAAAAGAGAAAGUUGUCUCAUAAUCUCCAGGUCCAGGUAAUUACAAAGAAGAUUCAUUCUAAACAGUAUAAAAACGUAUCCCAUCCUAUAGUAUGGGUGUAAAGAUUGAUAAAAUAAUUAAAAAUUUUGUUCCAGGUCCUGGAACUUACGAUAUGAAUUAGACUUAUUUAACAACUAAUUCAAGUAAAUUUCCAAUUGAAAAAAGAUUAAAUACAAUGGAUGACAGCUCUAAUUCCCCUGGACCAGGAUGUAAAUCUUAUUAAUUAUUUUAGAAUACAAUCUUACAAAUCAUAGCAAAUUUUCACCUCAUAAAUCAUAACCUUCCUGGGGUUUUGGAUCAAAAAAUAACUUUAAAAUUCAUUAAUCAUUAGAUAUGAGUUCUCCUGGUCCAGGAAUGUAUGAAUUGAAAAGUACAUUGACAUAAUAAAGUUUCACACUUAAACCAAAACUCAAAACUUAAGAAUGUGAUAUAUCAAUACCAGGACCAGGAAAAUAUUCACCUGAUGUAUCAUUCACCAAAACUACAUUACCUGUUUUUAAAAUGGGAAAAGAACCUAGGAUAAAAUAACAAAAAAUAAAUUUAGAUCCUGGACCUGGAAAGUAUUAUUCAGAGUAUAUAUAAUUGUUAUUAUUUUAAUCUUAGAAAUUAUGAUUCUAAAAGUAAAAAAACAUAACCUUGUUACAGUUUAAGUAAAGCAAAUAGAAAUUCUAUGGUUGAAAAUGAAACAUAGUUCCCACCAGGACCAGGAACUUAUGAUAUACCACCUUAAAAAUUAGGUAAUAUAACACUCAAAGGUGCUAAAGUUCAAAGUCGACCUUAAGCUAUUCCUGGACCAGGUUUCAUUAUAUAUUUAUUUUAGGAACUUAUAAUCCAGAAGAUAAAUUAUGUUAUUCUUACGAGGGAUCUGUCAAAAUUGUUAAAGAUAUUAAAUAAACUAAAGCUUAAUCUUCUGAUAAAAUACCGGGACCUGGUACAUAUGAAUAUAAAAACAUUUUAAUGGGGCCUAGUUGGGGUUUUGGAAAAUCUAAUAAAAGAAAACCUAUUUAAAAUAUCAAUAAUAGUCCAGGACCUGCUGCAUAUGAUUUACCAUCAAAAUUUGCUGAUGUUCCAAAAUAUCUUAAUUGUAAAUCCAAAUUUCAGGUUUGA